UCUUCAGCAUCAUUAUCAUCAGUAUUAAAAUAUCCGAUAUGAUGGAUCAUCAUCAACAUAAUAAUAAUAAUCAACAUGGACAUCAUGAUCUUCAACAACAACAUCAUAUUGGACAUCAAUAUGUUCAUUCUCAUCCUUUAACACAUCAUCAACAAUCAACAACAUCUUAUUAUCAAUCGAAUGUUAUCGAUCCCUAUAUGACCGAAUCACAUUUACAAUUACAUGGUGAUAAUUCAACAACAACAACAACAACUAGUCAUCAAUCUACAUUAAACGAUAAUAAAAAUACAAAUAAACAACAACAACAAAAAUCACUUGGUUCACCAUCACAACAACCAUACAAUUCAUUGUCAAUAACAGCAAUGUCACCAACAUCUAUAUCACCUGUUUUACAGCAUCAAGUUCAUCAUCAUCAUCAUCAACAACAACAACAACAGCAACUUCAUCAUCAAACAACAUUAUCACCAUCAUCAUCAUCAUCGUCAGCAAAUAUAAUCGAUUUACCACAAAUUGGUCCACAAAAUCGACAGAUUCCAUUUAAUAAUAAUAACAGCAACAGUAGUAGUAAUAGUAAUAGUAAUCAUCAUUAUGAAACACCACCAUUAACAAUAACAACAUAUCAACCAACUGGAAGUCCAAUUGCCGGAUCAUUAUCAUUAUCAACAUCAACAUCAUCAUCGGCUACACCAUCACCAUUACCAAUGAUAACUGAUGUUUCAAGUGGAUCAUCGAUGGUGUUAAAUCAUCAUCCUCAUCAUCAUCAACAACAUAAUUUUAUCAAUGAAAGUAUAUCAACAUCAUUGACACAUAUAUCGGAAACAACAUCAGAUGCUAAUGAAACAAAUUAUGCUAUUACACCACCACCACUACCAUUACAAUCGACCAAUCAUUUAAAUCAUCAUCAUCAACAACAACAACAGAAUAUUGGUCAUCAUCGUCAUCAUUUAAUGAAAAAUUCAACACCACAUAAUUAUCAUGGCUCAAUGGCCGGUUGGAAUCAUAAUCAUCAUUUAAAUCAUCACCAUAAUCAACAACAACAGCAACAACAUCAUUCUGUUACACCUGAUACACCAUCAUCACUGCCAUUAUCAUCAAAUUUGAAUGCUCAAACACGAAUCACAAAAUCAUCAUUAUCAUCAAUAAAUCCUGCAUAUUCAUUACAACAACUUGAUAGCAAUGAUUGUUUUCCAUUCAUUUCAACCGAACAGAAUAGUUCAACAUUUUUAUCUACAUCCAUAAAUAAUAGUCCGAUUAAUAAUAAUAAUAAUAAUCAAAAAAAUGAUUCAACAUUUAUGGUUAAAACAGCUAUUAUGAAUCGAAAAUUUCUCAACAACAACAACAACAAUCUACAGCAUAAUCAACAGAUCACUCAACCAUUGUUGAUCAAUAAUGAUGAUCCAACAACAACGAUACAACAACAACAACAAAAACAACGAUCAACUGGCAACAAACUUGCAAAUGAUAAUGAUGAUGAUAUGAAAAAUCGUCUAUUUGAACGUAGACAUUUAAUAAUAUUUAAAAUUAUUGAACAACUAGUCGAUCCAACCAGUAAAACAAUAGUGAAAGAAAAUGUUCAAAAAAAUGAAGAAAUUAUUAUUGAUAUUGGUCAUACCUCAUUUGAUGAUUGGAAUAAUAGCCAUAAGAAUCAUCAGAAUAAUGAUAAUUCAAGUAAUAUAAAUAAUAGUACAUUAUUAAGUAAUCGAUCUCAUGGUGGUGGUAGUUCAGGUCUUUUAGCUGAUGUUAGUAAUUUAACAAUGAAUACUAAAAAUUCAUCUUGUUCAUUGAUUGAUUCACCAUCGAUAGUAGUGGCAACAUCAUCAUCAUCAUCAUCAUCAUCACCAUCAGUUGAUAUGAUAAUCGAUGAAGAUGUGAAAUCAUCAUUGAAAAAAUCAGAUCAAAUAACAAAACGUUCAAAAGAUUUAUCAACAAAAAAAUCAGCUAAAUCAAAUGAUAAUGUUGAUCAUCAUCAUCAAUUAGUUGAUGAAAGUAAAGAUAAAGAAGCAGCAACAGCAUUAUUAUCAUUACAAAAAACACCAAUAAAACAAUCAACCAUUGAUUUACCAUCGACAACAACAACGAUAGUUACCGCCGAUGAUGAUGAUGAUCGAUUACCACAAACAGUGGAAUUGAAAAAAUCCAACGAUACAGCAGCUAGCAACAAUAUUGUGAUUGAACGUUUGAAACCAGGUAUGAAAAUAAUGGCCAAAUGGAAAGAUAAAAAUUUCUAUCCAGCCGAAACGAUAAAACAAAAUGAAACACAUCGUUGGAUGGUACGUUUUGAAGAUAAUGCAACAAGAAAUUUAUUUGAAAAUGAAAUUAUUCGUAUUGAACAUCUUGUCGGUAUUAAGAAUCAAGAAUUAAUGGUAAAAAUAUCGGAUGAAUUAUGUAAAGCAUCGAUAGUGAAAAAAAUGAUAAAAUUAGAUGAUAAAAAUUAUCAAUUUGAUUUAGAACAUUCAGAUGAUGAUGAUCGUACUAAAGUGAUUAAACAAUAUCAAUUAAAAGAUGUAUUUCUUUAUGGUGAACAAGGUACAAUAUUGUUGAAUCAAUUUUCCAAACCAUCAAUGAUGGCAGCUGUUUUUGCUGAUGUUGAUUUGGAUAAUAUUGUUUCGGGUAAACGUUCACGUAAUAAUAAUAGUAAUAAAAAAGAAGAUGAAAAAAAGAAAUCAACUAUUGUUGAAACGUCUGAUAGCAUGUCCGAUAAUGUUGCUGCAACAAUUCCAACGAAAAAACGUAAAACCAUCAACAAUAUUAGCAGCAACAACACCAAAAGUGAUCAUCGAUCAUCCACCACUGUAACAUCGAAUAAUUCAACUACAACAAAUCGAACAUUAAAAAGUCAUAGCCUUUCAAAUCAUUCAUUGAAAACAUCAUUAUCAUCGAAUCGAUUUACAUCAUCAAUUGGACAUUAUCAUGAAAGAUCAUUAUCAUUAUCACCACCACCACCAUUACGAUUAACCCGGUCGAUUGAAUUGACCAUUCCGCAAAAUGAAUUGGAAAAAAUAUUCGGUCCAAUACCUAAAUCUGGUUCCAGAUUAUUUCAAAAUUUUGGUUUUAUAUUGACUUGUGGAAAUAAUUUCAACAACAAUAAUAACAAUAUCAAUAAUAAUAAUAAUAAUAAUUUUAAUGAUGAUGGUUUACUUGAUUCGAAUGAUUCGGAUUCAAAUCCUGAAUGUUCAACACCAUUUGAUAAAACAUAUCUUAUUAAACAGAUUAUCAAUGGUAAUGGUAAAGUUUAUGAAUCAUAUGAAGAAAUGAAGAAAUCAUCAAAUGAAUGUGUUUGUAUAGCGGAUACAUAUUCUAGAUCGAUUAAAUUUAUUCAAUGUUUGGCCGGUGGUAUAUCGAUUGUUAGCCAUCAAUGGAUUAUUGAAUGUUGUCGUCAAAAUCGUAUACUUGAUCGUGAAUCUUAUAUAUUACCAGCUGGUUAUAGUAUCAUAACAAAUGCAUUAUCAUCCGAUAAGAGUACAUUCAAACGAAGUUCGGUUCUAUUUAAAGGUGCAAAAUUUUAUUUCGGUUCAGAUCAACCGGAUAAAUUAAAACAGCUUUGGUCACCAGUAUUGUUAGCUGCACAGGCAACUAUUGUACCAAAUGAUCCAAAUAUUCAUAAUACAUUACAACGUGGCCAAAUCGAUAUUGUGAUUGGUGAUGCUAGUUGCCCAAAUGGUUUAAUACAAAAAGCUAAACAGCUUAAAAUACCGAUUGUUGCAAGUGAAUAUAUUGUACAAUGUUUGAUCAAUGGACGUAAAUUAUCAUAUGAUGCAUCACCAUCGUUUUCCUACUUACAUAAAUAAAAAAAUGAAAAAUGAAGCCCUAAAAAACGAUUCCAUUUACACACACAUCUUGAUUUUUUUUUCAAAUUAACCAAAAACAUCCACUCUCUCAUCGUAUGUCACACACUCAUCUGGUCUUUUUUUUAUCCAUUUCUUUUUUCUUUUUGGCUAUAUAUUUAAUAA